UGUCCAUCUCAGACCCAGAUAAAUAUGGACUCUUAUUCUUCUUACAAUCAAAACUACACAAACCAAAUCUCACUUUCCACAAUGAAAAACCCUUACCCUAUCACCAUCAUUUUCUUCUUCUUCUAGCUUCUCUUUUAAGUCCUUAACUAUUAACUAGCUUUUUUCCACUAAAAAUUAAAUAUCUGUGUAAAAAAGUGUUUUCAAUAAGCUACUUCACUAUAUCCCAUAAGAACAUAGCUAUAACUUUUGCUUUUUUGUUGUGAAAACAAGAAAUUAGGGUUUCAAAUGUUUCCUUCAACUUAUUGCUCUUUAGGUCCUUACCCUAGUUAUAAUCCUAAUCCCAAUUCAUCUUCAUCUUCUUCUUCACAUUCAUACCCUCCUUUUACUUACCUUACCCCUGAUCAAAAUGCUUCUUCAAACAACAAUACCAACAACAUCAACACUUUUCUUCAUGAUCCAACUAUUUCUGUUCCAUACACACAAACUUCACACCAUCAUCAUGUUCCAAUUAAUCCUGAAACCCUAACAAAUUGGGCGGUUGCUGAUUAUGCUGCAAUGUUGAAACAAGAUCUAAGUGGUUCUUCUUCCCAUUACAACUUCUCGAAUUUGCUUGCGAAGAAGCCGGCGAAGAAACCGGCGAAGAAAGACCGGCACAGCAAGAUUCAUACAUCUCAAGGCUUGAGAGACCGGAGGGUGAGACUCUCGAUCGAGAUAGCGCGGAAGUUCUUCGAUCUUCAAGACAUGUUAGGGUUUGACAAAGCUAGCAACACACUUGAGUGGCUUUUCAACAAAUCAAAAGAAGCAAUUGAAGAGUUAACUAGAAGCAAGAACAAUUUAGCUUCGGGUGACGACGAUGUAGAUGAUCAUAGCUUCUCCACUUCGUCUUCCGAAGGAGAAGACGAAGCCCGAAAGAUGAAAAGAGCACAGAAGGAAUCCUCAAAGAUGAAAGACUCAAGAGAAAAAGCAAGAGCAAGAGCAAGAGAAAGAACUAGUGAAAUGAAGAUUCAAGAUUUGAAGGAAAAGUACCCAGAAACCGAUCAUAAUCAACAAAUUCUCCAUCAAUUGAUGCCGAACGACGAAGAAAACUCGAAACUAGCUCAAAGAGAUGAUAUCUUUAACUUUAUUGAAGAAUCAAUUGUGAUCAAGAGAAAGUUAAAGAAAUCUUCUUCACAACAUCAUCAACAAAACAUUAGUUUUGAUCACAAUGACUCUCCAAUGAUAACACCAAAUUGGGAUACAAAUAAUAAUAACAAUGCUGCCGCAACCGGAAGAUCCAACUUUUCUGCAAUAUCAAGAAUGAAUCUAUCAUCAGGGCUUCAAAUCUUUGGAAAAUCAUGGGAGGAAUGCAAUAACAGUCCAAAUAGAUAUUAGCUGAUGUAUAUAUAUCAGCAUAUUCUGAGAUCAGAAUGAACUAUUCUAAAAGUGCUUUUUCAAGGAAUCAUUUUAUCAUUUGAACAACUUUUAAUUUUUCUGCCCUAUUUUUCACUUUAGACAAUGUCUGUUGUUUUUGUACUGAAUUUUUCUUGUUUUUGUUUUGCUCCAAAAUCAGCCAAGAGCAUGUGACAGUUUGGCUUCAAAAGAUAUAUAUGCUGCGUGUAUUAUUUCUGGCCAAUAUUUAAAGUGUGGUUGAUAUUAUAUAAAUUAUAUAUAUUAAAGUUCAAUUAUCA